UCAUCCGCUGCCCGCCAGGAGAAGAAGGGAGUGCUGGAGAGGAGCUCAGACUGCGGUGUUUAAAAUACAGCAUCACUUUAAUUCAGCAAACUAUCACUUCCUGAGCAUCUAACUUCACAAGAUGUCUAAAGGACCAGCAGUAGGCAUUGAUCUGGGCACCACUUACUCAUGUGUGGGUAUCUUCCAGCAUGGCAAAGUGGAGAUCAUUGCCAAUGACCAAGGGAACAGAACCACCCCAAGCUAUGUGGCCUUCACAGACACAGAGAGGCUGAUUGGAGAUGCUGCCAAGAACCAGGUGGCCAUGAAUCCAGCCAACACCGUAUUUGAUGCUAAGCGUCUGAUUGGUCGCAAGUUUGACGACGCCGUGGUGCAAUCGGACAUGAAACACUGGCCCUUCAAGGUUAUAAAUGAUUCCUCAAAACCAAAGAUGGAGGUCGAAUACAAGGGGGAGAUCAAGUCCUUCUACCCCGAGGAGAUUUCCUCCAUGGUUCUCACCAAAAUGAAGGAGAUUUCUGAAGCCUACCUUGGCAAGCCCGUGAACAAUGCAGUUAUCACAGUUCCUGCUUACUUCAAUGACUCCCAGCGUCAAGCCACCAAAGACGCUGGUACCAUCUCUGGCCUCAAUGUGCUUCGCAUUAUCAAUGAACCCACAGCCGCAGCCAUUGCAUACGGCUUGGACAAAAAGGUUGGGGGUGAGCGCAAUGUUCUCAUAUUCGACCUUGGUGGCGGUACUUUUGACGUGUCAGUCUUGACAAUUGAGGACGGCAUCUUUGAGGUCAAGGCCACAGCAGGGGACACCCACUUGGGUGGGGAGGACUUUGACAACCGCAUGGUCAACCACUUCAUUGCCGAGUUCAAGCGCAAGUUCAAAAAGGACAUCAUCAACAACAAGCGGGCCGUGCGCCGUCUGCGUACAGCGUGCGAGCGAGCUAAGCGCACCCUCUCCAGCAGCACCCAGGCCAGCAUUGAGAUCGACUCACUCUACGAGGGAACAGACUUCUACACUUCCAUCACCAGGGCUCGCUUCGAAGAACUCAACGCGGACCUGUUCCGAGGAACCCUCGAGCCCGUGGAGAAGGCCCUGAGGGACGCCAAGAUGGAUAAGAGCCAGAUCCACGAUAUUGUUCUCGUGGGCGGCUCCACGCGUAUUCCGAAGAUCCAAAAGCUGCUGCAGGACUUCUUCAACGGGCGCGACUUGAACAAGAGCAUCAACCCGGAUGAGGCGGUUGCGUACGGGGCAGCUGUACAGGCUGCCAUCCUGGCUGGCGAUAAGUCUGAGAAUGUGCAGGACCUGCUCCUGCUGGACGUCACACCCCUGUCCCUGGGAAUUGAAACGGCUGGAGGAGUGAUGACGGUCCUUAUCAAAAGGAACACCACUAUUCCAACUAAACAAACCCAAACCUUCACCACCUACUCCGACAACCAACCUGGUGUCCUCAUUCAGGUUUACGAAGGGGAAAGAGCCAUGACCAAAGAUAACAAUAUCUUGGGGAAAUUUGAAUUGACUGGUAUCCCGCCUGCUCCCAGAGGAGUCCCUCAGAUCGAGGUGACCUUUGACAUUGAUGCCAACGGCAUUCUCAACGUCUCGGCAGUCGACAAAAGCACCGGAAAGGAGAACAAGAUCACCAUCACCAAUGACAAAGGUCGACUGAGCAAGGAAGACAUUGAGCGCAUGGUGCAGGAAGCAGAACAGUUCAGGUCUGAAGAUGAGGCCCAGAGAGACAAGAUCACUGCCAAAAACUCUCUCGAGUCCCUGGCCUUCAACAUGAAGAGCACAGUGGAGGACGAGAAGCUCCAAGACAAGAUCAGUCCCGAGGACAAAAAGACUAUCAUAGACAAGUGUAAUGAAGUAAUCGCCUGGCUGGACAGGAACCAGACAGCUGAGAAGGAGGAGUAUGAGCACCAGCAGAAAGAGCUGGAGAAGAUUUGCAACCCCAUAAUCUCUAAGCUGUACCAGGGGGGCAUGCCAGGAGGAAUGCCAGGAGGAAUGCCAGGAGGAAUGCCAGGUGGCUUCCCUGGUGGAGCCGAAGCUGGUUCCUCCUCUGGCCCAACCAUCGAGGAAGUCGACUAAAUAUAAGCACAACAGUUACUUAUCUUAGCUUGACCACAUGUAGUGGCUGUUCAAACCAUGCAUUUUGUGCCAAAUGGGCACACCAUAAAAAUUCAACUUAAUUUUGCUCUACAGCAUUACUGUUAGUGUAAUGAGCUAUUGGUAAAAUGUGCUAAGGAUAGAGCUAGCCAGGAGAGGCCUUGGUGUCUGAACUUUCUCACUUUGUGACUUAAUUACAAAUCUUUAUAGAGAUGUUUUAUAGGCCAGCAUAAAUAAGUUCCUGCAUACAUGUGAAGUAAAAAUUAAAGUAUCUAUGCUUCUCAACAGUUUUGGCAAAUGAGAAUCAGAGCCCUGAAUUAAAGUUUGCCUGACCGCAUUUCAAUAUAAUAAAAACUGCAAAGCUUUUUCUGAUAUCGCUAUUCAAGCUUUGUAAAUCCAGACAACUCACAGUUUUUGCCCAUUCUUUUUUUGCUUUUUUAGAAGAGCUCAAGCUUGCUUCCAUUGGAUGGAAAGUUUGUAAACAUUAUAUUCUAAUUCUAGGCACAAAAAAAAAAAAAUCACAUUCACAAUCAAAUUUGACCUGUACCAUUCAGACACACGUGCUUUAAUUUAAACCAUUCCGUUUUCAGCUCUGUCUGUAUGUUUCGGAUCAUCGUCUUGCCGGAAGGUGACCUUCAACCCCAGUGUUAAAUUUUACAGGAUUCCUUCCAACAUUGCCCUGUAUUUAAGACCACAAUCCAUCAACUUUGUUCAGUUUUCCAUCCCUAUGGAGAAAAGCCACUAGCAUCACACAUAACAUGUAAAGUAAAAGGUUACAUUUUUGGUCUGAUGUGACCAGAGUACCUUCUACCACAUAUUGGACUUGUUGCAAAUUGCACAGGGACAACUGAGCAAUAUUUUCACUUUUGAAUAGUCAUGCAUUUCAGACAGCCAUUCAGAUGGGUUGAACAGACAAAACAUGUUUAAAGCUGGAGAUAUUUCUGCUGUUAAAACCUAAAAUCUUGCAAUAAACAUCUAUGCAUCUUUAUCCCUGA